CAAGUGAUCGGUAAAAUCCGUCCUCUAGAAUUAGUAGAGAUACACAUAAGUUGGCUCGGACAGCUGAUCAAUUAUAAGAAGAAAAAAAAUCAUCUUAAGUUAUACUCCAUCUGGUACCAAAUAAGCUCUCACAUAACCAAACCAAACCGAACCUUAUGUCCCAAUCACUCGGGGUCGGCUACGAAAUCUUUUUUUUUUACAUACAUACAUCAAAACUUAAUUGAUUUCUUAGUCUUGUUUCCUACGUGCAUGUGUGGCCUUAUAUUUUUCAUCUCCUCAAAUCAUAAACCACUUAUUUGAAGACUAUGCUUAAACCCUUUCCUCUUUCUCUCUCCACCCUCUUCUCCAUUUUUUUCUCCUUUAUUCUUUAAAUCACUCACAACCCUGAAAACCGCUUUGAUAUGUCGAAUGAUCACCAAAGGGAAGAGAGUACCACUGGUACAGUAGAUCAAGAUGAUCAGGAAUAUAUUAGAGACAUCCAUGCCUUGACACCACCUCACCCACCACCGUCGGCCGCCCGGAACCGCCUGAGAGAAGCUUGGGAAAGAAGUAGAUCAUCGUCCAUGGCCAGUGAAGGAGCAUCAAGUGAGAACUUCACAACCAUGAGUAGGGAGUUCAGUGCCUUAGUCAUGGCAGGGUCAUCCAUGGGGAACACUAUCAUUGGAAGUGACAGUGACGGUGGGAAUAACCACAGCCUAGCAAGAAUUGGGGAAGACGCUGAGAUGUUUGAGGAGACAAACCCAUUAGCAAUAGUGCCAGACAACGACCCUCUAGGCCCACUACCAUCACCUCGACGCGCCACCACCACCACCGGUUAUAACGAUUCGGCGAGUGGUGGUGGUAACCACGCGGAGGUGUCGGUGCAUAGGGUGAAGAAGGAGGAGGUGGAGGCGAAGAUAUACGCGUGGCAGAACGCGAAGAUCGCCAAGGUUAAUAACAGGUUUAAGAGGGAGGAUGCAGUGAUCAGUGGCUGGGAGGGUGCUCAAGUUCAAAAGGCUACUUCUUGGAUGAAGAAAGUUGAGAGGAAGCUGGAGGAGAAAAGAGCAAGAGCCCUAGAAAAGAUGCAAAAUGAAGUAGCAAAAGCACACAGGAAAGCAGAGGAAAGGAGGGCAUCAGCAGAGGCCAAAAGGGGAACAAAAGUGGCUAGGGUCCUGGAAAUAGCCAAUCUAAUGAAAGCUGUUGGAAGAGCCCCUACAAAGAGGUCCUUCUUCAAAUUAUAAACAAACCCUACAAAUCUUCAAAGAAAGACUUUUCAAGGACACACUUUAAGUAUUACUGGUAUUUAAUUAGUAACCCCCCACAGUUAUGGGACCCUCCAACUUUUGAAAUGUAGGGUACCCUAUAUGAAGUGGGGCAUAUUCAAGAGUUGCAGCAAGCACUGUGUUGGAAGUCUUUUAGUUUGAAUGUUGAGUGCUUGUUUAGGGCUUCUCUCUGGUUGUGGAAGUGUUGUUAUGUUGUUUGUGCUUAAACUGGGAUUGAUGAGAGGAAGUGUAGGGUACCCUAUAGAAAGUGUGCUAGAGUCUUGAGAAGCUGUGUGGUUGAUGGUUUGGAACCAUUUUUUCUAGUCCUGUACAGUAUGUAUCAUCACAUAUACAUUACCUUUUAAGAUCUUUAGUUUUGUUAA